AUGAUUAUCGAUGAUUAUCGAUAUGAACGGGAAUAUUUUCACGGUCAGCGAUGCGGUGAAGGUCGGUGUUUCUACCGGAAAACUGCAUGUCGUGAAUUUACUGGACGGUGGGCGGAUAAUCGAUGGAGUGUUGGAAUUGUAACAUGGGUAGCAGGUGACACAUGUUGCGGUACAUGGUCCGGUAGUGGAACACAGGGCACAUUUGAAAUGGAAAAUGGGACUCGAUAUGAGAGCCAAUGGAUCGAAGACGGCAUUGUGCACGGCAGAGGGAUUGAAAUAUCGGCGGAUGGUAGCUGUUAUAAUGGCAUGUACAAAUAUGGCUGGAAACAUGAUCAUGGAGUAAUAGCAUAUCCAGAUGGAUCUCAAUUUGAAGGAGAAUGGAUAUUUGGUUGCCUCUAUGACAAAAAUGUCAAUCUGACCGAGCUAAUAGAUAUGGUAAGGGGCUGUAAUAAACAGAUAGAUGACGCCGUAAGUUUCUCUAAAAAACUUCAAUCCAUAAAAAAUCUUAAAAUCGUCAUUGAAAAACAUAUAAAUAAAUUGGAUAGGCAACAACUAUCAACGGGGAUAGAAACAAUAUUGAAAUGUGCGUCGGCCGAAAUUGUCAAUUUGUUUAUCAAUGAUUAUAUUCGAAAUGCAACAUAUCGAUGGAAUUUACUCAUUCUUGCAGCUAAGCACGAUCACUACGAAAUUGUGAAGUUAUUACUGAAAAAAUUUAAUGUGAACGUCGAGAUGGAAGGUGUCAUGCAGUAUGACGGAAAAACUGUAAUUGGAACAACAGCAUUAUGGUGUGCGGCUGCGUCUAAUCAUUUAAAUAUUGUUCGACUGUUAGUGCAAUAUGGAGCCAACGUUAACCAUCACACACGAACUCAUUCUACUCCGUUAAGAGCGGCAUGUUUUGACGGGAGUAUUGAAAUUGUCAAAUUUUUGUGCGAUAACGGAGCAGACGUGAACUCAAGUAAUUUAGGUGACGGUUCGAACUUGAUGCUGGCGUCCUAUAAAGGACAUUUGAAUGUGGUCGAUUAUCUUCUUCAAACGGGUGCGAACCCGAAUCUUAAAGGGAACUAUGAUGCAACAGCACUGCAUUAUGCAUGUGAACGGGGGCACUUAGAAACCGUUAAAUUACUGCUUAGCAAAGGGGCAAUUAGUACGAAAAAUAAAGAUGGACUUACGCCACUGAUGAAUGCUGCUAUUCAGCCGCACCCAGCGAUAGUUGAAUAUUUAACUAAGGAACAUUAUUCAGAAGUUGAGGAAUGUAUUGAGGCAUAUGAACUGCUGGCCUCCACGUAUUGCAACGAUGGAACUGAUAAUUCUGAAAAAACUUAUGAAUAUUUAACUAAAGCUAUGCAUAUGCGAUAUGCUGAUCCUUCUGCGCCGAUUCUGAAAUCAGUUUGUCUUCUCCCAAUUGAAGCUUAUGGUCAUCAUAUGGAAUGCCAAACGGUGGAAGAUACUGUAAAGAUUCGCCACAAUGUCGAUGCAUUACGGAUGGAAACACUCAUUAUUCGUGAACGAAUAUUAGGUGAGAUGAGCGGUACACUACAUUAUUCUAUCCGUUAUAGAGGUGCUGCUUACGCUGUCGAGAAGCGGUAUGAACAAGCUUUGCUAUUAUGGCUAAGAGCAUGCAGUCCCAGUCAAACUCGAUCUGAAUUCCAUCUUCGAGCAACUGAUAAAAAUACUGAUCGCGGUCAAUUGAGACUCACAUUUGAUCGCAAUUUUAUAGAUGAAAUCGCGAUGAAUGAUUAA